AUGGCUGCCAACACGUAUCGGAAUCGACUACGUAUUGGCCCACUCUUUGAACUGCCAUUCAUCCACCAGCCUAGGACAAAGAUCUGCCCAUCUUCGGAACUCGAUUUGAAUCAGCUCGAUUGGAGUGACUACUUCAAGAGAAUAAUGGCCUCAGCAGACAAGGCCGCCCUGAAAGCGGAGAAGGGGGCGGAGGAGGCCGCUAAGAGAGCAGAGAGGCUGAGUCGAGAAGUCGAGAAGAUUUCAUCAGAUACAACCUCGGCCACUGCACCCACUCCCAACGCCGCUGCGAUUCCUUCUUUUGAAGAAUUAGCUGGACAUAUGGCCACGGCUAGAUUUUGGCUCCUUGCACUCCUCAUCAUCAUCAACAAUGUCAUUGUCGGAUGGCUACUGCAUCUCGGCAAACCAGAGACCAAACCAGAGACUAGAUUCCAACAGCGAGCACCUUCGCCUGGUCACACCGAGCAGAACCUCGCCUGCCUGGAAUCCUGCAUUACAACACGCCCUCGCCGGAUCUUCGCCACCGUUCUCUGCAGAACUUUCAUGGGUCUAUACUUGCUCCAAAGCUACUGGGCUCUGAACGCAAUUUUGCGGCUGUCCUGGAUCACGUUGGGGGAGGCGUUGAAGGAGUCAAACCCUUGGUUUGCUAUCUUUAUGAUCCUGAUGGCAGUUGCAAAUCUGGUUAUAUCGGGCGGAGGGACAGGCGUCUGUCUUUAUCUGGCUCUGAGUCAGCAGCUCGCAUUGGACGGCGCGUUGGCCUUGCUACCGGUCCACGUCGAUGUGGGCAGCGACUCUGUCCGCGAUGACGAAGAGAAGUCGAGACACGAUGCACAUGGCGCGAGAGGGCAGGAAGAAACGGAUGAGAUAUCUGUGGAAUUAGAGUCGGAAGGAGAUUGGGAGAAGGACGGGUUUUAG